UUCCGAAUUCAUGGUAUAUAGUUUAACUAAAAGAUAUAUACUUUUUUACUAUUUAAAGUAAUGAUUAAUUUGCGAUUAACAUGUUCAUCUUAAAAUCUGUAAUAAUACUCUUACUCGCGUUUUGCAAAUUAUUCGCACUAGUCACUGAUUCAACAGACACGCCUGAAGAGGUGGUCUUUCCAAUUCGCCAUCAUAAAACUCGAUUGAAGAAUGAUUUAAAGACUUUAAACGGGGACAGCCAUGAAAAUUCUGCAACAUAUGAAAUUAAUACAAAGAAUGGAGGAUUUGUUUUUGAUAUAACAAAAGAUGCAAAAGUAUAUCAAAGAUCAAUUUGGGUUGGAAAUUAUGUUAGUUCAAAAACUUUAAAACAUAACAAACUUUUAAUAUCAAAGCAUAUACCAGAUGAUUGCUAUUACCAUGGGAAAAUUCGUGAUGUUGAAGACUCUUAUGUUUUCAUUAGUACUUGUAGUGGCGGAUUGAUAGGAACAAUAGAUAAUGGAAAAACAAUUCAUGAUAUAUUGCCAACUUUUGAUGGUAAUAAACAUCGUUUAAUAAAUGCUGAUGCAGUUAUUCAAAGAUCUUUUGAUAUAUUGCAAAAUCUAUCUUACAUAGAACAUGGUAGAGAUCAAAGAAAAAAUUUCAGAUUUCAAAGAAGUUUUUUUUUAUCUAAUCAAACAAUCUUGCUCAAUAAUGUUGAUUCGCAGUACGUUCCUUAUAUGACACACAAAGUGCCUCGAUAUAUUGAAGCAUUUGUUAGUUGUGACCACAGAAUGCUACCUAGGUAUAAUAAUGAUAGCAAUUUGCUAAUUGAAAGAGUCUUAAAUUCAUUUGCUCAAGUUGAUAAGGCUUAUCAAGAAAUUAAUAUACGACUUAUUGUAGUUGCAAUUGAUAUACAGAAAGAUCAGUCAUCAUUUCAACGAUUUGAAAAGGGUGGUAUGGAUUUGUCAUCUUUUAAAAAUUAUGUAAACAAAUUUGUCAAAAAAUCAUCUGGCUUUAAAGAUGUUAGUUUUGAUGUUGGAAUAUUUUUGAGUCACAAAAGUUGGUCAGAUAGUUUGGGAAUGGCUUAUGUUAAUUCAAUGUGUGAAGACAGUGCUGCAAGUGUUGUAACUUGGAAUUAUGACAGUAUAAGUGGUCCUACUUAUGUGCUUGGGCAUGAAUUAGGGCAUAACAUGGGAUUCUAUCAUGAUAAUAUAAGUUGUACUUGUUUAACAAACAAAGGGUGUUUCAUGGGGGCUUCCAAGUCUAUCAAACCAGGUUUUUCUGAUUGCAAUAUAAAAGUUAUUCAAAGGAAUACUUACCCUUGUCUUACAGACUAUUCCUAUACAUCAAUAAAAAAAGUUUGUGGAAAUGGGAUACUUGAAGACGAUGAAGAAUGUGACUGUGGAACUUUUGAGAUGUGUUUAAGAAAUGGAGACAAUUGCUGUGAACCACAUGGUUGUGUUUUAAAGGCACAUGCUCAAUGCAGUUACAUUAAUAAUCCAGAAUGCUGUUCAACUGAGUGUAUUUACAGAAAACAUGGAACAUUAUGUCGGGAAGCUGAUGGACCUUGUGAUUUACCAGAAUACUGUUCAGGAGAUAACCCUAAUUGUCCAAAGGAUGUAACAAAGCGCAAUGGAUUUCCAUGUAGCAAUGGUAUUAAGAAAUUUUCUGGGCCUGUUGGAAACAGUAACUCUAUUUCAAAACUUUCUCCGCAAAUAUCUCUCAGGUAUUUAAAAAUAAUUCCAAAUCAAUGGAUUGAUAGUGAUUAUGCAGGGUUUAAGCUUGAUGUUCGUGGAUGUCCAGAUGCCAAAGACUAUAUUUUUCGUCCAACUUCAAUUACAUCUGCUGCCUUCUAUUACCAUGAUCCAUUUUGUAUAUCUCCUCAAAUAACUUCUUGCAGUGAACUGGUACCUGAUGGAACUGUACUGAAGUAUAUUAAUAGAGAUACUCAUUCUGGUCAUUGUGAGCAUGAUUAUAUGAAGUUUUUGUUUGCUGCUGAUGGAUCUUUAACUCAUAAUUGUAGUGGAAAAUUUGUUUGCAUCAAUUCUGAAGAUCAUUUAAUUUUGAAUGCAACAUGCACAGUUGAAGUUCCGAAAUUUAGAAGGACUAAAGAAAGAUCUCUUCAAAAUAUUCAAAGUCAGAAAUGUGUUCGAUGUGUUGCCAAUGGUGAUGGAUGGCCAAGUCAUAAAUGCACAGUGGGGUUAGAGUCAAAAUGCAUUGCGAAUUAUUCACAAAAAGUGAUUAUCAUGAAUAUUUUAGAAUGCGAUGUACCAUUGGGCUUGAGUAACAAGGCAUUACCAGAAUCUUCAUAUUCAGCUGGAAGUUUUUAUAGUAAAGUUUAUAAUCCAUCAAAUGUUAUUCCUGAUGGUAAUGGAUGGCGUCCACUGAACAAAGGUGAACCAAGUUGGCUCCAGAUUGAUUUUGGAAAGAUUGUUCGUGUUGGAACAAUUGAAAUGAUUAAAGUAUCUUGGGUUAAAAUGAUUGAUUAUACCAUAAAGUAUUCUCAAAAUAAUAUUGUUUGGUUGGAUUACAUGGAGACUGAUCCAGCUAUGAAAAUGUAUACAGAAUCUUUAUGUUUUUCUGGAAACUGUGUUCCAUCACUUAUUAAUCAAUGUCGUAACUUAUGGCAACCAGAUGCUACAGUAGCUUCAGACAGCUGUUGGAAUAACAUGAAUACAAACCUGGAAGGUUUCGGAACAUGCUCACCUAUUAGCAACACCUCAUGCUCUCAAAGUAACAUAAAAUGUGGUCAACUUCAGUGCGACGCAAAGCAUAAUGUUCCUGUUCGUGUUCCUGAUUAUGGGAAAAGUUAUCAGAAAUUUGUGUAUGAUGAGCAACAAUGCAGUGGGGCCUCCAUCACAGAAAGUGAACAGAUUGGGCUAGGAAUGGUUUCUGAUGGUUCUAUUUGUGCAGAAAACAAGUUUUGCUAUAAACAAGAAUGCAAGUCAUUAAACGAACUUGGCUUUAAAAGUUGUUCAGUUGUUGGAAGUAAAGAAUGUUCAGAUAAUGGGUUUUGCUCAUCUGAAGGAAAAUGUUUAUGUAAAAGUGGAUACAACCCUGACAACGGUUGUCAAACAAAGCUAAAUCCUAUUGAUGGUGCUUGGAGCAGUUGGUCAGAGUACACAAAAUGUUCAAAAGGCUGUGGUGGAGGUGUAAAACAAAGGUAUCGUUUCUGUAAUAAUCCAAUUGCUAAGUAUGGUGGCAAGGAUUGUGUUGGUAUAGUGAAAGAAGACUUAGUAUGCAAUUUGAAACCUUGUCCAGUUGCUGAGUCGUGCAAAGUAAUAAAAUCAAUUCUAGAAAAGAAUGACCAACCAUUAUAUGAUGGUGUCUAUACUAUUACACCUUCAGAAAAUUUUACUUUAAAUGUAUAUUGUGACAUGACAAGAGAUGGAGGAGGCUGGACUCUAAUUGUUUCUUCUCAUUCUAAUACAUGGAACACUACUAAUGUUUGGCUGAGAAAUAUUAUUCAACCUGGUUUGUAUAAUGACUAUUCCAUACUAAAAUAUGCAAACAAACUUAAAUCAAGUUAUAAAAUUAUAGACUCUGUUUUUAAUUACAGAUUGGAGGCCAACGAAAGAGGUCGGUGGGGUGGUAUUUUUUCAGCACCAUCAAGGUAUAACAUAUCAUCAACAAAUUUUGCACAGAUCAGUGUGUCACUUGUACAAAGAUUUGAUGAUUGGAACUUUUCUUCACAUAGCAUCCAGCAGAGACUUCCAUAUGUCUCUGGACACAAGUUAACAACAUCUGAUAAUUCAUUAACUGAUCAAAAAGAUUCAUGGGGUUCUAUAACAGAUAACCAGUCCAGUAUUCAUACAUCCAAAUGGAUUCAAGGUUCUAUGAAGAUGAGUUUUCCAGAACAUAUUUGGUAUUGGGUUAGGGAGGGGGACUACAGUCACCCUUCAUCUUGUCUUGAAUUAUUUUUUCGUAGUUUAGCUGGCUUGAUGAAAUAUUCAAGUGGUGUUUAUGAAAUCGAAAUAGCACCAGGCUACAUUGUGAAGACAUACUGCGAUCUAAAUCGACAUGGUGGAGGGUGGUCUUUAUUAGCAAAUGUUGUUUCAAAAAAUUGGACUUUAGAAAAAUCGAAGUUUUAUUCAUCUGAAAAUUUGUUAGAUGAAGACUUUUCAAUUAUUAAAUACUUAGAAAAAAUUAAGAUUAAAGACAACGGCGAGAAUUCCUACCAAAUUAUGUUAGAAGCUAACAGUUCUAAUGACAAUGGAGGAAUUUUUGCAUUACCCGUUAAAUAUAAUAGUACUUUGUGUUCCACUCAUUUCAAACCAACAAUUUUAAAAAAAUUUGGCAAAUGGAAUGUUGAUGUUGAAAAUAUUUCCAAAUAUCCGAUUUGUACGAGUGAUCACAAUGGGAUAUUUUUAUCUGCCAAUUCUAUGAAAGGUGCUGAUGAGUUUGGAGUCAUAAUAGGUCAAGGAAAAUACAUGACAUCUAUUGAAACACCUUCUUUCAUAAGGUUGUGGAUCCGUGAAGGAGGAAGUCGUCAUUCUUGCAAUGAUUUGAGGGUUCAUGGACUUCACAAAGGACAAAUGCAUAAAGAUGGUUUUUACAUGCUAGCUGAUAAUCAACCUGUUUAUUGUGACAUGACAACUACUGAAAAUGAAGGUUGGACAUUGAUUGUUUCAUCAGCAUCAAGUGGAUGGACACUAAAUGAGAUUUAUUCACGUAAUUCAGAAAGCCCUUCUUUAUUUGACAAUUUUUCCAUUUUAAACAAAGCAAACACUAUUAAACAUUUGUCAAAUAAAAAAACAUUUAAAUAUAUGAUAGAUGCUCAAGAAAGAAGAAGAUGGGGAGGUAUCUGGGAGUCACAAAAAGAGUAUUCUUUGACAUCUUCAAUAUCACAAAAAACAAAGUUUCUCAAACAGUUUGACACUUGGGAUAAUCACACUUGGUGGAAAGGGCCACAAUCUUUCUUACCGUGGAUAACAAAGGGACAAAAAGGUCUGUUAGUUACUAGUCGGCAAGAUGUUGGUGGUUCAAUUAUAUCAAAUGAUUCUUUAUAUUAUCCAUCUGAGUGGAUUCACAAUGAGAAAAUAAAUCCAGGAGUAAUUUGGUACUGGCUAAAUGAAAAUGAUUGCAACAGUAACUAUAAACCAGUUGACGGUCAGCUAAGUCCUUGGAGUUCUUGGUCUACAUGCUCUUCAUUUUGUGGAGGUGGGAAAGAAGAAAGGAAAAGAUACUGUAUUCCACCAAGUUGUGGUGGUUUGCCUUGUUCUUUGUCUACUAUCGACUAUGAAGAAAGAGCAUGUACAGGAAAGUGUAUUGUCACAAAGAUACAACUUCCAGGAGAUUUAUACUGCAUUGAACCUGACUCUGGUGGCUGUAAACCGGCUGACAAUACUGUUCUUGUCUUACGCCCAAAGUCUACUUAUUGCAAAAGUAAUUUAUCUGAUUUUGUUUUUAAUCCGGCAACAGGUUCCUUAUUUCAUAAUUGUAGUGGAAAACCUGUUUGCUCAAGAGAUGGCUACAAAAGAGGUCAUAAAAUGGUUCUUAGUUCUCUCUGUCCAAAACCUGAAUUGCGAGUUAAACUGCAACGGACUUUAUGGCACUCAAUUCAAGUACUAGAUGUUUGCCUUGACCCAUUGGGCAGUACUUUAGGAAACAACGUUAAUUUAGGGCUCUGGGGAAGUUGCCAUGAGGCGAAACGCAAAUUUUUGAUGCCAGGAUUAGGGGAUGGUCCAGUAGUUGUCACAUUGUUUCAAGAUGUUGUUAGCUUACCAGCUUUUAAAUCUGAUUUACGUUAUCCGAAUCAUCCAACAACAAAAGGUCGUAUUGACAAUUUAGACCUUCCAACGUAUACUUUUUCUAAAAGUGGAAUUCGUAUGUUUACUUAUUUCAAAGCUUCUCAAUCGGGUUUUCACACGUUUGUUAUUUCUUGCGAUGACGUUUGCGAGCUGUUGUUUGCGACUGAUGCAUCAAACCGCAGUUCAGUUACAAAAAUUGCAGGAACAUCCGCUUUUACUGAGAGAUUUCAAUGGAAUAAGUACAUUGAGCAAGAAUCACCGAUCGUCAAUUUAACCGCUGAUACCAAAUAUUACAUGGAAAUUAAUUUAGUGAAUAUUGGUGGAUUAGGUCAUGCUGCUGUCGGUGUAAAAAUGCCGAGCGGAGAAAUUCUGGCACCUAUAACUUAUGACUAUCUAUACUUGAACAGCGAGUAGAAUAACGAACUAUAUUUAAAAUAUAGUUCGUUAUUCUAAACGACGUUAAAAUUUUAUAAUUGAUUUGUGUUUAGUAAAUAAUAGAUAUAUAAUAAUAAUAAAUAAUGAAGAUAUAUUUAAUGUAAUAUUAUAAUUUUUUUUUUGUGUUUUACACAUUUGUUUACUUAGUGGUCACUUAUCUGCUUAUUUUUAUUUUACGAUUUGUUUUAAAUUUUUUUUUUACCUUAAAGUUAGUAGUUGUUUUUUUAACUGCUUGGUUAUGGUCUAUUCUUGUUUUUUUUGCUUUUGUAUAACCUUAAGUAAAAUGUAAUUAUCA